AUGAAUGAACAAAAAAUAAUCAAAUCUACAAUUAAUAAUAGUGAAGGAAUAAAAAAUCAAGAUAGAAAAAUAAGACAAGAUAAAGGUGGUACAAACAUUAAUAGAAAUAAAAUUAAUUAUAAUAAUAAUUUAAAUAAUAAUAAUAAUAAUAAGAAUAAUAAUAAUAAUAAGACGCAAAAUAAAAAUAAACAUCAAAAUAUUAAACCACUUCAAAAAAAUGGUAUGAAAUAUAUGGAUAAUCUAAGAAAGGUACAACAAAAUGAGGUCGCUCCACCAAAACCUCCAAAUAGAGGUGGUUUUCCAUCUAAACCAGACGGGUUAAUAGAUAGAAUUGAAUUUUAUCAAACACCAACAUUAAAUUUAGAAAUUGCUUAUUUUAAUCCUGAAGUUGUUCGUAGUGGAAUUUUUGGACCUCAUAAUCCUCAUCUCAAACCUGGGCAGGUAAAUACUAAAGCAAUUCAAGAAUAUCAAAGAAAAUUUAAUAAACCACCACCACCACAUGUUUAUACAGGUAAUUUUCAUCCAGUAGAACCUGUUAGAAUUCUUCCACAUCCAAAUUUAAUGUUUAAUACAUUUAAUUGUCAUCCAUUACAAAGAGGUCCACAAAUACAAAAUAUAUGUAAACCAUUACCACAACCACGUUAUGGAGGAAUCCCUAAAUAUGGUGGUGUUGAAGUAUUGCCGGUUAAUAUUAAUCAUCCUAUGAAUAGAAAUACAACAUUUAACCAAAAUAACUAUAGCAAAAAUAUGAAUCGCAACAGGAAUGGUUAUAAUAAUAAUAAUAAUAUUUAUGAUGGAGGUAAAAAUAAACAAUACCAACAACCAAUUCCACAAUAUCAACAACGAAAAGGAGGUAAUUACAACAAUAAAAGGGUUUCAAAUAAUACAACUAUAUUAAAUCAAUACAAUAAUACUAUUUCUACUGUAGAAAAUAAUGAAAAUAAUGAAAAGAAAAAUCAAUCAAAAAAUGGUAUGGUAAAAAAAAAUGAUAAAAAAAAUGAAUUAGUUGAUGAUGGUGCCUUAAAAGAACAAAUAAAAAAGCAAAUAGAGUAUUACUUUUCAGAGGAUAAUCUUAUAAAAGAUCUUUACAUUAGACAAUUAAUGAAUGACUCAGAAGAGAAAGGAUUUGUUAUGAUUGAAGAUAUCUUAAAUUUUAAUAAGAUUAAAAAUUUAACCAAAACAUUUCCUAACCCACAUGAAACAUUGAUUGAAGUUUUAAAAGAUAGUACAAAACUUGAAUUAUCAAAUGAUAAAUUAAAAAUAAGACCUGGAACAAGUGUAUUAGAUCAGCUAAAUAAUUUAUCUUUUUUGUAG